GUCAGCGAGAGGAGGGAGUAAGAAGAAAUGUACUGGACUGGACUCGGUAUCCGACAAGGCAUUAGGAGAGAGAGAAAGAGGUCCCUCCAAUUUGCCAGCCAAUCGCCGUCGGCUCAUUCGGCUACUUCUACUUCCACGUAGCACCGCGUUUUCCUCUCUCCGGCGUUUACCAGUCUUUCAAACUUUCUCUCUGCUCUUUUUCCCUGCUUUCAAUUCCUCAAACUUGGAGGCUAUUCUAAUUUCCAGCGAUUUUUCAUUCUGGGAGUUGGAAUUUCGCGGCGGAUUUUGUUGUUGGGGGUGAUUGGAUCGGGGGAUUCGAUAAGGAAGACAAAGAUAUGGAAGAGGAACUGUGUCGGAGGGUUAAGGAUUCAGUUCGAAUUACCCUCGAGCAAGAGACGCCUAAAACCGAACUUCGCGAGCUAAACGAGCGCCGUAUGGCUACUGCUACUGGAUGUAGCUCCAGAAGUGGAAUCAAUGGCGCUCGGCCUCCCCUACUUAAGCCGCCGCCGGCCAUGCGGCUUCCAGUUUAUAAUGAUUGCUCCACUUGGGACAUUCUGAAAUCGUUUGCUCCAUUAGUUGAUGGGGAAGAUGAAAAACAGGAUGAAGUACGAGAGCGCAGCGAACCAUUACUUGAAAGAGAAGCAGAAGGAAAUCUAGUCCGGCACGGGGAGUCGAUCAUGGAAUCGAAUUGGGGUUCCUUCACUUCGAAUGACGACGAUUCUUCGAGCAGUACCACGGAGCCUGCAAAUAUUUCACCCAAUUUGAGAUGUAAACCCAUCAUCACAUCCUGGGUAACGGGAAAGCUUCUUGGGCGCGGUUCAUUUGGAGCAGUAUUCGAAGCAAUUUCAGAGGACGGGACCUUUUUUGCACUCAAGGAAGUUUCACUGCUUGAUGAAGACAGUCAAGGAAGACAAAGUAUCUAUCAACUUCAGCAGGAGAUAGCACUUCUAAGUGAGUUUCAGCAUGAGAACAUAGUCCAGUACUACGGCACGCAUACGGAUGAGUCAAAACUCUAUAUCUUCCUUGAGCUUGUAUCUCAAGGCUCCCUUAUGAGCCUAUAUCAGAGGAUUCAUCUCUUGGACUCCCACGUUUCUAAUUAUACCAGACAAAUUCUGUUUGGUUUAAAGUAUCUUCAUGAGCGAAAUGUGGUUCACAGGGAUAUCAAGUGCGCUAACAUACUGGUGGAUGUGAAUGGAUCUGUGAAGCUUGCAGAUUUUGGUUUGGCAAAGGCAACAAAAUUGAAUGAUGUCAAAUCGUGCAAAGGAACUGCAUUCUGGAUGGCACCUGAGGUGGUUAAUGGGAAGGGCCAAGGAUACGGUCUUCCGGCCGAUAUCUGGAGCCUUGGGUGUACAGUUCUAGAAAUGUUAACUCGAAAGCUUCCAUACUCGGAACUCGAAAGUCAUAUGCAGGCACUAUUUAAGAUCGGAAAAGGUGUAGCGCCUUCGGUUCCCGAGUCUCUCUCAAAAGAUGGACAGGAUUUUAUUCUGCAGUGCCUACAAGUUAAUCCGCGCGACCGUCCUGCUGCUGCUGAUCUUCUUAAUCAUCCAUUUGUGAGAAGACCAGUUUCCAGUUUAUCAGGGUCGGCAUCUCCUUACAACAGGCCAGGCAGAAGGAAUUAAAGUGUGAAGAAUUUACAAGAUAUUCUGGGAUCAAAAACAGGCUUUUACGUCAACCGACUUGGUUACACCCUAUAGUUGGCUUGCCGAGGAACGAGGACCCGAAUCUGGUUCUUCGUGCAAUCUCAGCGGUGAAAGUUCAACUCGUAGGACAUUUUUCUGUAAUUAUUGGCAUUCAAGUGUAGAUUUCAAUCUACACGCUCCAAAGGAGGUAACUAGUUUGUCUGCCAUUGAUGCAAGAACCCUGAAACGGAGCUGCUUCUAGUUAAUUGUACUUUAGUUAGUUUCCUCGCUAAGAACAGAAAACAAGAGGAAUGUAAUUUUGAUGAUUCGGGUCAUGAUUUUUCAUUUAAGUUGUUUUAUUAUUUUGUAAUUUGCAUAGCUACUUGGCUGAUUUAGGCAUAAUGUGUGUUGUAAUGUAAUUGUACAAAAGAAGAAACAUUUGCACUACUUGUAAAAAUUAUAUAAUAUAUAAAUAUAAGGUAGUUGCCCAGUC